ACAUGGAGAGCUUCCCAGCUGGAAGGCGUGCCCUGCAACAGAAAAAAAGGGAGCUUGAAGAAAAACAUGCUUCAAAAAUCAGUACUAAAAAUGUGCCAGCAACUACUGUUUCACAGUCUUCCAAGUUAGUUGCCAGUAAUUUGUCACCGCAUGUGAUAGCCAAGCGGAUAGGAAAAAUGUCUUCUCCGCCAAAGUUCAAACCAAAUGUUCCGUCAAGUUCCGUUGCACAGGCUGAAUCACCAGCGUCUGAACUCGGCGAUGAAGAGCUGUUGUCUAUUGGUCUUUCCAUGGAAGCGAAGAUGCCUAAAACUUUGCCAGCUCCUCGUCCAAAGAAGACAGUGAUGGUCAUAACUGAAGCAUCCUUGGUCUCUGAGACCAAGACAGCAAGUGUGUCGACUGUAUCCAAGCUUUCGCAGCUAAGAGCAGAGCGCCCCUUCACUGGUCUCGCAUUAAAUGAGCAAGGAAAAACAGAAGGACUUUCUCCUUGAUUGAUGACCCCCUACCUGACAGAUGGCGUGAAAUGCUGAGUGAUGUUGACCGACAUUGGGUGUCACAGGCUCUUUUCCGGUUCAAAAAGUCAAGUGUGUCUGACCGUAGAGUUGAACUCAAAACUGAAAACUUGCAGCUGUGGCUGUAUCCGCCACAGCCGUCACUUACUUUUAACCAGAUUCCUACAGUCAAUAGGUACUUUGCUCACCGUCUGUUCGUCUGUCUGCCGAAACGAAUGUGGAAGGUACGUCUUCUGUGCCCAUACCAGGACUGUGCUUCCAGAGAGUUGACACAUGCUGGACUGUACCCAACUGUGAGACGUGUUCUUGAUAUAAAUGACUACUAUCAUCUGGUAACAGAGUACCUGGAGUGUUCAAGUUGUGGCAAGAAGGUCACUGGUUGGAGUAAGAUUGUCCUAGAUCAGCUUGAUAUUGGCCACCGCUACCUGUUUCAAGUGAUCAUGACUUACAGGUUCGCUUGUGAUAUAAGUGUGAUCACACUUCUUCGUCAACGCGGCCUAGGUAACAGUGCUUCUCAGCUGCAAAUAAAAUUGGAAGAACAGCAUAGCGAGAAAUGGCUUCAGAAGACUAUUCACUACCUUUCAGCCUGUCGCGUGUACAAGCAAGCAUCUAAGAAAGGCUUGAUUACAUCUGUAUUCUUUCAAGAUCCACCCACACGUAUCGCAGUACCAAAAUAUAAGUGGUUUCAACUAGUGUACUGCCAGGAUGUCAUGCGCCGAGCUGAUGAGGUAAAGGCCGCAAUAACGUCAACAUUUGGGACCGUCCUAAAGAUAGAUUCGACAAAGAAGAUAGCACAGAAGUUAGCCGGAUACAGUGCGAACACUGCCGCUUGGGCAACAAAUGUAGGGAAUGAAAAUGGACAAGUGCUAAUGACAGUGCUAACAGCAAUGGAAGGUUAUGGUCUGAAGGCAAUGGUUAAAGGCACGUUGCUGAUGUAUCCAGCAGUGAGGAAGAAGCCGUCUGGUCGCAUUGUUUUCAACUCUACAGACGAGGGAAAGGCUAAGAGGACCAAACAGCGAGUCAGGUGCAUGACCAAGGACCAAGAACACAGGCAGUCAGACUAGCGAAAUUUAAGAGAGACAGAUCCACGAUCCGGACGAGUUCACACUGCUUGGUUUCUACCAGAUCCAGCUUGGGCAAUAUUAAGGCCAGACCUUCCACUGGAUCGCAGAGAACGACAUGAGCUGUGCAACACAGCUGCUGUGCCAGGUAGAUUCCGAGGGAGGAAACACUGGGAAUGAAUGUUGAAUGACAACAAGUGUGAUCUCCGGGCAUACAUCUUUGGCUUCCCAGAUGGUUGUGCGGCCUACGAACAGUGCAAACAGGAGUGGAAAGCCAAGAAGGAUAUGCUUGAGAAGAGGAAGCAAGCACAGGCUACCACAUCCCUCGUUCACAGCCGACUUUCUGCCCAAGAGGUUGCCCGGAGGAUCCCGGCACCAUCACCCGGGAAGAAAUCAGCACCGAACAUACCUUCAACAUCAGAAGAAUACCCUCUACUGGAAGGAUGGAAGACAACACUACCCGAAGUUGACAAGAAGUGGGUUCGAAGAUGAUUAUCAGGUUAAAUGCCCAGGGCAAGCUGGAGGUCCAUCCCACUCAGCUGUUGUACCAUCCGGCACUAAUCUCUUCAGAUAUUCCUUCAGAUGACAGGGACUUUGCCCAUUCCUUGCUAAUGUGGAUGCCCAGGAAGUUGUGGCUCGUUCAGCUGCGCUGUACCAACAUCGCGUGCGAUGGGUACAAGCGGACCUGAGCUUGAACUUACCCCCUGGUGUGACAGGUACUCAGACUGACAGAUUACUACAACAUGGUCACCGAGAACCUGGAGUGUAAAAAUUGAUUGGGGAAGUACCUUGCUUGGAGUGGAGGGAUUGUUAACCAGUUGGACGUAUCCUGGCGAUGUCAGUUCCUGUGCUUCUGACUUAUAGUUGUUUGAUGAUACAAGUGACAUAGAACUAGAAGACAGUGUUUUGUCAAUUAUCAGCAGUACUGCCACAGUCACAAGUGUCACACACACAGAAAUUCUGUCAGAAGAAUCUUCUACUUUACUGCUGGUCCUAUUCCAACAAACCCAAGUUACAGUCAAGCAGAAACUCAGGAGCCGAGCUGCUAUGCUUAUUUUGAGUACAGUCUGGCAAUAGAUUCUAGUCCUGAAUUUAUAGAGUUUAUUGUAUUGAGUAAGAGUAACUAAGAGUGACGCUAAUGGUGUCAGAGUGGACCCGAUAUCAAACUGCAUUGCACUUUUCAUGUUGGGCCGAUAUACCAGCCAUUAUGUGGUCAAUAUCGAGCCAUGCUGCACUUUUCAUGUUGGGCUGAUAUACCAGCUAAUAUUUGGCCGAUAUCGAGCCGCGUUCCACUUUUCAUGUCAGACUUACAUACCAGCCAAUAUAAGACCGAUAUCGAGCCGCAUUCCACUUUUCAAGUUGGGUUGAUGUACCAGCCAAUAUCAUGCCGAUAUCGAGCUGCGUUGCAAUUUUCAUGUCGGACUGAUACACCAGCCAAUAUCAGACCAAUAUCGAGCCAUGUUGCACUUUUCAUGUUGGGUCAAUAUACCAGCCAAUAUCGGAUCGAUAUUGAGCCACGUUGCACUUUUCAUGUCGGACCGAUAUACCAGCCAAUAUCAGACCGAUAUCCAGCCGCGUUGCAUAUUAUGUCGGACCGAUAUACCAGCCAAUAUCAGACCGAUAUCGAGCCACGUUGCACUUUUCAUGUUGGGUCGAUAUACCAGCCAAUAUCGGGCCGAUAUCGGGCUGCGUUGCACUUUUCAUGUCGGACCGAUAUACCAGCAAAAAUCAGACCCAUAUUAAGCCGUGUUGCACUUUUCAUGUUGGGUUGAUACACCAGUCAAUAUCGGACCGAUAUUGAGCCACGCUGCACUUUUCAUGUCGUACUGAAAUACCAGCCAAUAUCGGAUAGAUAUCGAGCCGCGUUGCACUUUUCAUGUUGGACCGAUAUACCAGCCAAUAUUGGGCCAAUAUCGAGCCAAGGAAAUCCAUGUUUUUAUUAUGCCCCCACUUUGGGGGGGGGGGGGCAUAUAGAUUUGCCCUUGUCCAUCCGUCCGUCCGUCAUUUCGUCCUCCGUCCAUCCGUCCUUCCGAGAAUGUUGUGCUGCGCCUAGCUCCAAAAGUAUUUGACGUGGAGUCACAAAACUUUACAGGAAUGUUGGUCAGCAUGUGUAGUUGUGCACCUGGGGCUUCGCGUCCGGAUUCAUUCAGUCGUGAAUGAGUUAUGGCCACUGACUUUUUAAAAAUUGGUCAUUUUAGUGUUGUGUCGCGCCUAGCUCAGAAAGUAUUUGACGCAGAGUCACAAAACUUUACAGGAAUGUUGGUCAGCAUGUGUAGUUGUGCACCUGGGGUUUCGCGUCCACAUUCAUUCAGUCAUGUAGGAGUUAUGGCCCCAGACUUAGUAAAAAAUUGGUCAUUUUAAUGUUGUGUCGCACGUAGCUCCAAAAGUAUUUGACCUAGAGUCACCAAAGUUUACAGGAAUGUUGGUCAGCAUGUGCAGUUGUGCGCCUGGGGUGAAAAUACUCUAAAUUAAAACUACCAGACAAUAUUUUUUGUGUGGAGUGGGCAUAUUUGCGAAAAACCAAGGCAGAAACUUUGAUUCAAGACGAUAGACAGUUUCCAAAACCAUAAAAAGCUAACAGCAGAUGAGGCGUUUAUAUGUUAGUUAAAGUAAACUGGUAUUUUAAGUAUAUUGUUUAAUUUUUAAUUUUUAUCUUAAAUUACUAAAUUCCUGCAUUUUACUGAUCAGCGUUAAAUUUUUUGUUGUUAAUUUUGAUAUAUCUAAUGCAUAAACACUCGUAGGAAUAACAAUAUAUCACAUAUGCUAUAAUUGUUCUAUUUUGUUACAGAAGGAUCGUGCAGAUCAGGUGUUAGACCAACAAGAAAGCUACGACAGAGAUUGCGUUAUAUCCUGAUGAAAAUGUCCUGUAAAAAAUGUGCCAGAAAUAAUUACAAUUGUUGUCAUAAUCAAGUGGGAACGUUUCAGUGAUGUGAAAUUCCAUACUAGUAUAUACCCUUUUGGUUCUACAUUGUUAUUCAGCGGAUCGCUGGAUUUUUAAAUUUUCUAUCAAAUGUAAAUACAUGUGGUUAUGGAAACUGUUA